AUGGCACAAUUGUACGUCCGAAGUCAUGGCAUCCACGACGUUGCAACUCACCGUGGACGUGCAGAUUGUGGGGAAGCCUGUGCGCAUGCAGCUGCCGCGGCCAAGUCGGGGCGAGGAAGAGCCUACGUGCAACAAGUCGCUCAAGAACCGAGAAGGGUGGUUUCAUCCGCCAUACGCUUCUUCAAAGAGUCCAGAGCGUACUUCAAUCUCACAAACGAGUCGAAGCAUCCGAUCGCAUACAAAGGAUGCAUAUACCCCACCGCUCAGCACGCCUUCCAGGCUCUGAAGUUCCUUCCAAAGUACCCCGACCUCGCGGAGCAUAUUCGCAGGUGCUCUUCGACAGAUCAAGCUCGCCGGGAAACAAAGAGAUACAGGAAUCACAUACGCGCAGACUGGUUCUCCACUCAUCGUGGCAAGCUCGUACACAUCGCGAAGAUGGAGGAGAUCCUGAGUCUCAAGUUCCAACAACAUCCCGACCUUUGUGAGGAGCUUGCUUCGACCUCAGGUUCUGAGUUGAUCUAUGAUAACCCGUCUGACGCCUUCUGGGGCGUGGGGCCCGACAACAAGGGGAGAAACGAGUUUGGUAGAGCCCUAAUGCGACUUCGUAAACACGUCCUCGAGCAGGCUCAAGCUACUCAGCGUAAGCGGAGAGGUUGA